AUGUCUGUUCCAUUUGGUGUUGAUUUAGGUAACAACAAUACUGUUAUUGCAUGUGCAAAGAACAGAGGUAUUGAUAUUGUCGUUAAUGAAGUAUCUAACCGUUCUACUCCAUCCUUAGUCGGGUUUGGACCAAAGUCUAGAUACUUGGGAGAAACCGCCAAGAACCAACAAACUUCAAACAUCAAAAACACUGUUGAGAAUUUGAAGAGAAUUGUUGGAUUACCACACAAUCACCCAGAUUUCAAGAUUGAGCAAGAGUACUUUACUAUCCCAUUGGUUCAGAACAAAGCUGACCAUGGUGUUGCUGCUAAAGUCAAAUACUUGGGUAAAGAUCAUGAAUUCACCGCCACUCAAUUGUUAGCCAUGUACUUGGACAAGAUCAAGGAUACCGCAGUUAAGGAAACCAAGGGAAACAUCAAUGACAUUUGUUUAUCUGUUCCUGGAUGGUACACUGAGAAACAACGUCGUGCUGCUGCCGACGCUUGUAAGAUUGCUGGCUUGAACCCAGUCCGUAUUGUUAAUGAAAUGACUGCUGCAGCAGUUGGAUACGGUGUCUUUAAAGCUGCUGAUUUACCUGAAGAUGAUUACAAGAAAGUGGCAUUUGUUGAUGUUGGUCACAGUUCUUACCAAGUUUCGAUUGCUGCUGUUAAAAGAGGUGAGUUGAAGAUUUUGGGAGCAGCUUAUGACAAGCACUUUGGUGGUAGAAAUUUCGACAAGGCAAUUGCUGAAUAUUUUGCUGAUGAGUUCAAAGGUAAAUACAAGAUUGAUGUUAGAGAAAACCCAAAGGCUUAUUACAGAGUUUUAACUGCUGCUGAGAAAUUGAAAAAGGUUUUAAGUGCCAACACCCAAGCACCUUUCAACAUUGAAAGUGUUAUGAAUGAUGUUGAUGUUUCAUCUUCUUUGACUAGAGAAGACUUGGAAAACUUGGUUAAGCCAUUGUUGGAAAGACUCAAUGUUCCAAUUGAAGCAGCUUUGAAAGAUGCUGGUUUGAAAGCAGAAGAGUUAGACUCUGUUGAAGUCAUUGGUGGUUCUUCAAGAAUUCCAGCAGUCAAGACCAAGAUUUCUGAAGUCUUUGGAAAGCCAUUGUCAUUCACUUUGAAUCAAGAUGAAGCCAUUGCCAAAGGUAAUGCUUACAUUUGUGCUUGUCACUCUCCAACUGUCAGAGUUAGACCAUUCAAGUUUGAAGAUUACAACCAAUACACUGUUUCAUAUUUCUGGGAUAAAGAGGACAAUGAAGAUGAAGAUCAUUUAGAAGUUUUCCCCAAAGGUGGUUUGUUCCCAAGUACCAAACUCAUUACCUUGUAUAGAAAGGGACCUUCAUUUGAAGUUGAAGCUAAAUACACCAAACCUCAGGAAUUGCCAAAGGGAACCGAACAUUUUAUUGCUAAAUGGAAGAUUGGCAAUGUCGAACCAAGUGCUGGUGAAUCUUCAAUUGCAGUCAAGUUGAAGUUGAGAAACGACCCAUCUGGAUUCUACACCAUUGAAUCAGCCCAUACCGUUGAAGAACAAAUUGUCAAGGAGUUGAUUGAACCUAAAGAAGGUGAAGAAGCCAAUGGUGAAGAUGAUGACGAGGAAAAUGAACAACCAUCUGAACCACAAUACAAGGAAGUCAAGAAAUUGGUCAAGAAGAAUGAUUGUACUAUUGAAGUUGAAUGUGCUGCAUUGCCAGAAGCUCAAUUACAAAAGUUCAUUGAAGAAGAAGGACAAAUGCUUUCAGAAGACAAGUUGGUUGCCGAUACUGAAGAAAGAAAGAACCAAUUGGAAGAGUACAUUUACGAAUUGAGAGGUAAAUUGAGUGAUCAAUACAAGGAUUUUGCCAAGAAGGAAGAAGUUGAGAAAUUGACUGGUUUAUUACAAAAAGCCGAAGAUUGGUUAUAUGAAGACGGAUACGAAUCAACUAAAGCCAAGUAUAUUGCCAAGUACGAAGAGUUGGCAUCUAUUGGUAAUGUGAUUAGAGGUAGAUAUUUGGCCAAAGAACAAGAAAAGAAGGAGCAAUUUAGACAAAAACAAGAAGCAGCACAAGCACAAGCCAUGGCUGAAAAGAUGGCCAAUGCUAGAAAGGAAAACAAGAAUGGUGACAAUAAGAAAGAUGCUGACGGCGAUACCAAGAUGGAUUGA